AUGGCGUUGAAGCGCGGGCUGUCGAGUGCGGGCGUCCAGAGAAACCGAGCCUCCGGAUCUCGAUUCCCUGUUGCGAUUCUUAUUUUCUUUUCACUUCUCGUUCCGUUGAUUUUCUUCGUCGGCCGUGGCCUCCACAUAUCUGAUCAAAAUGACAUUUUAUCCAGUCCUGGUGCAAAGAAUGUGGAUUGGAGAGAAAGGCUGGCGCUGCAACAUGUGUCUCUUUUCUCAAAAGAGGUCAUUGAUGUAAUUGCAGCCAACACAAAUGACAUGGGGCCUUUGAGCCUUGAUAUCUUCAGAAAAAACAAUUUGUCAGCUUCAUGGAAAGUCAUUGGGGAAAAGACUUCAAUUACAGAUAAGAUAAAUUUUACAGCUGUAGAUGCUAGACAAGAGACACCUAAGGUUAAAGUGGAUGUAUCUUCAGGUGAUCAUGCUCAACUUGUUGAUCCUGCAAAACUAGCCCGACGGCAAUUAAGAGAGAAGAGACGCGAAAAGCGUGCAAAUGAGUUGGUACAACGAGAUGAUGAAUCAUUGUAA